AUGUUGACCAUCGUAUGUGCCGUUUUGCACUUGAGGCAGUUGCGUCAUAAUCCAAACUGUCGGAAUCUUUGGCGGUACGUCUUUUCAAUCAGGCCUGACCUCAGCUCGAGUGGCCAAGGUGCCACCACACUUGAGGAUACAACUUUAGAGGAUCCGCCACACCUGGUUCGUGGAUUCAACAGAAACGGUUGGAUACAACAAGGUGUUUAAGUUUUGGAAGGAAGUUUUAGUUACAUAAUGGUGGUUGUUAUCUUGCCGUAUUUGCUAUAAAAUUCACUUAAUUUUAAAAUAUUUUAAGUAUAAAUUUAUGUUGAUGUAGACAGCAGUACAUAAUGUAAACGCUUUUAUUUAUUGAGCUCAUUCUAUUUUAUAUACCAAUCGCUAGCCCAAUGACAUAAUCCAUGUUUUCCAAAAAAAUAUUUUAAAAUAUACAGGGUAAACAUAUCUGUUCCGAGAUACGACGAGGCCAUUCAUUACACAAUCUAUGGUUUUACACAAAUAACCAUCGUAUCUUGCUGUCAUGGAGUCUCAAACUUAAAUUUACUAUCACUUUCUCGAAAUACACAGACUUGCAAUACCUUAUUGAGUGAAAAAACUUCAAAUCAACUUCUUGAAUUGAAAUUUUUAAGUUAAAAGAAUCAGUCGCAUUACCGUAGACUUCCCUGUCAUAUUAUCCUUGAUACAGUUACACUUUUAGACUUACAUUGUUCGUUUCUUUUUUUCUCCUGUAAACAACAGGAAUAGCUUAUGCUUCCUUAAGAAUUGCAAAUCUCUUAAAUACGUUAGUUUAUAGAUUAGCUGACUAAAAAUGGCUACCGUCUUUUGAUAAUCUUCUAGCUAAAAAUAGUAGAGCAAUAUUAACUUCCAGCCUAAAUAUAAAAUACACGACAAAGGUUGCAAAAAAAGUCAUAAAUCAUUAAAAGUUGUUAAUCACGAAAAAAAUGUAAAAAAUAUAGUCCUUAUUAUUAAAAGGCAAAAUACGAGAACUAUUGUGCAGUUUAUCUAAAUUUGAUUUAUGUAAGAGAUUUUUAAAUAUGUUUGUAAAAAUUAAUUUUAAAUUUUAAGUGUCUUAAAUAGUUUAAUCAAAACUAAUUUACUAUGAGAAAAGUUAUAAUAACAUCAAACAUACGUUGUGUAAAUGAGUCCCGACACGAAAACAAACGACGUCAGAGAUAUUUCGCGAACUACGGUAAAAGAAUAGAAAAAUAAUUUUUCUCCAUUUUUUCAAGGUUUUUUGCAAAUUUUAUAAAGUUUUACAUUGAAAAGAAGUAAUUUAUUGUUUUUUGAGUUGUAGAUUGUAAUUAUCUUGAUGUUUGCAUUAGCUUUCUAAUUAAAUUUUUAUUUUUUGUUUUUAUUCGCAGUUUUUAGCUUUUUCAAAAUAGCUUUUUUAUUGUUUUGGACAAUUUUGAGGUUUCAAUUCGUUCUGUAGAUCGUCCAAUUUUUUUCGAACAUCGUGGUAUAUGUUACACAACUUUUUAUGAACAUUUUUUGAUCUUGAAUUCGUUACAGGUUUAGUUAUGGACAAGCCAAACAAGCUCGCCAAGGUCACCCGUGUUUUGGGCCGUACCGGAUCCCAAGGACAAUGUACUCAAGUUCGUGUUGAGUUCCUCGACGAUUCCAACCGUUCCAUCAUCAGAAACGUUAAGGGCCCAGUCAGAGAAGGAGAUAUCCUCACACUUUUGGAAGCUGAGAGAGAAGCUCGUCGUCUCCGUUAA